AUGGCGUCUUCUUCCUCUUCCUCUGCAGCACCAACUUUGAUCUUUCCUGAAGAAAAGUUGACCAGUGAUACAAAUCAUUCUGAUCCAUCUCCAACUGAUUCAGUAUUUUCGUCUACUGAUAAUUCGUCUGCAAGUGACACAACAACAAAAAAAUUAACAAAAAUUCUUUCGACUCAGUCAAGUUUUGAUCGUCAUCAUCCUGUUCAUCCGAUUGCCAAACGUUUUUCAAUUGAUGCUGAUCCUUCGUCAAUCAUUUUGAAUACACCCGUAACUGAUUUUUCCAAUCAUCUAUCGCAACAAUUAUCAGCAUCGGAUCCCGACGAAACUUCAUCAAUUCGUACGUCUUCUCCAAGUAUCUUCGGCAAAGAGACAUCACCAGUUCGAUCACCAUCAUUAAAACAAAGUGAUAGUUUUUUGGAAAUACCCUAUGAAAAAGGUGAAAUAGUCGAUCUAAUCAAAUUGGCUGAUGAUCCGAACUCGACAGCACAUCUUACAAACGAUGGACACGAAGUAUUACUCGAACAUGGAACUGUUGCCCAGUGA